ACGAAGCGGUAAGCCCACUGCUCCGCGAUAUAUAAACUGGACUCUGUCUUGUGUGAAGUUAAAAGAUUUCGUGCAUUUUUGCUUACGAUGCAAACUCGUAACGAGUAUUUAACAAAGGUAGCUAAGGGGUUAACGUCUUAGUUUUGCACAUUGUACGUCAUUAGCUCUAAACGAUUCGGCUAAAUAGCUAGAUUGCCGGGAUGCGCUUGGCUGCGGUUGUCCCAAUUAUUUGACAUCGCAAUAGAAAAGUGCAUUCAAAACGUGUGAUAUAUAUAACCAACAAGGUUUACCAAACUACAAGUAUUUCGCUACCUCUGUUAAUUUGUAUCUUAAGUUUACCUGAGCGAAAACUUCCUUAGCGAGUAAAUUGCAUACGCGUUUAUGGCAUCUACGAUUAAAGGAGUAGAUUUGAUUUUAAAAAUCAUGACAUAUCAACAUAACUGUGUCAGUAAUCGGACUCUAUGAGCGAGCGUGUUUUCAUUUGAGCUGGUCAGCAAAAAACUUUAAAAGGCAGAUAAGAAGACGUCGUGGAUAUUUAUACUGAUUACCAUGGCAACGGUUCCGCCCCUCGUGUCGCUUACUAAUGAGUGCCCACCAACUGCCAACCUUUCCGGACAUGCCGUGUAUGGGACCAUCCCGCCCGUGUUUGAGCGACACGAGGCGGCGCUGUUGCUGAUCCUGGGCUUUGGCGGCGUGUCUGUUGUCCUUGCAAUGCUGCAUGGGCAGGUACGGAAGCGCGUCUUCCAUGACGACAACAACGUGGACACGGCGUUCGACGCCGGCGGCCGUGUGAGCACCAGCCUGACCGCCGUCACUGUGGCAUCGCAGUUUCUGUGGCCCGGCGAUAUCCUCCAGAGCUCAACAAUCACCGUCAAGAGUGGUAUAUCCGGUCCACUGUGGUACACGGUCGGAGCAGUCAUAAAUAUUGCCCUAUUUCCCAUCGUGUCUGUAUACCUGAAAACAAGAGCCCCGGGCGCAAAAACCUACCUCCAGAUCAUGUACGCGCGGUAUGGGCGUGCGGCGCACAUCCUAUUCAUAGCGAUGGCUCUGAUGGUGAAUCUAUGCGUGAUUUCCACCCUCGUCGUCGCCGGCGUGGCCACCAUAAAGGCCGCCACCAUCGACGCAUCCGACGAGUUCUGCGUAGUCAUCAUCGCCGUCCUGUUUGGAUCCUACUCUUUCAUAGGUGGCCUAGGAACAACAUUCUACGUGUCGUAUUUCAACGCCGUCCUGAUAUUCUCCAUUCUGAUUGCGCUCAACGUGAAGAUAUUGUACUCGUCAGAUUCCACAACGGGUGGCGGUAACAUUAAGAACCUGUAUGCACACAUUCAGUGUUUGCAAGGGCCGACAGGAAACGAGAAUAGGAGCUAUUUGACAUUCCGGUCAGAGAACGGUUUUGUGUACGCCUUCAUGGGGCUGUGCGUGACCGCAUCUCUCACAUACUGCGACCAAGCCGCCUGGCAGAGCCGCAUCGCCGCUAAGCCGCUACAGGGCGUCCUCGGCUUCUUCAUCGCCGCCUUCAUCUGGUUCGCCAUUCCCAUUUCCAUCUCCACUUCCGCCGGGCUCGCCUACAUCGCCAUGGCCGCCACCAACACGACGAGCGUUCUGUCGCCUUCUGACAUCAACGCAGGCCUCGUGACGCCGUUCAUGGCCGAGCGGUUGCUAGGAGACCUGGGUAGCGUGCUCAUUCUCACCAUGAUCGCCAUGACCCUGAUGAGCACUGGCUCUGGCGAGGUGAUGGCGGUGUCUUCCAUCAUCGUGUACGACAUCUACCAGAUCUACGUAUACCCGUUCAGAUUCAUGAAAGUUCAGGACGCCCUUUCGUGCAUCCUGUGUGGGAAGACCCGACCUGUUGAUGGCGCUGCCGCGGACUCCAGCACGUGCUCCUGCCCGGGCGUGCUGACCUGUGACCCCUGUCGGCGCGACCUCGAGUCAUCCACCGAGCGACAGGAAGGCAGCAAAUAUGAACACAAGCAUUAUACGUGUCCGCACCACGGACUGUACCGGCAGUACCAGCAGGACAUGCUGUCUUACAAGAGCUGGUGCAUCCUCUGGGUCACAGUUGCGAUCGUACCUCUUGGUGUGGUCGUACAGAUGAGCGGUUUGGACCUGAACUGGGUGAUGCUAAACGGCUUUAUCCUCACGCUGCCCUGUUUUCCCGUCGUCCUCUCUAUAUUCUGGAGCAAAACCACCAGGCACGGCGUCAUUGCCGGGGCCGUGUGUGGCCUGCUGGGCGGAGUAGGGGCGCUGCUCGGAGCGGCAUCCACGUACCCGGGUGGCCUGCAGCCCUUCUUAAAAAACACCUCUGAGAACGUGUCCGUCAUGGCAGGGGCCGGCACUAGCAUUGGUGUGAGUUUCGUGGUGUGUUUUGUCGUAUCACUGCUUACGCACAAAAUACGGACCGAUUCAGAUGUUGAAAACGAAUGGCGUAAGCUCCGUGAUAUUGACAACCCUCUGCACCCCUGGUCCGAGCUUUACACGGAGGACAUUCCAGACCUGGCGGUAGGAGAAAGGCCGAGCGUAAAGCGCCUUGAGCAAGCGUUCGGCCGGGCCCGCAUCGCUGCGUACGUCGGCGGUCUCGCCACCGUCGUGCUGUGCGCGGGAGUGGUUCCCGGCGUAAUGAUCAGCUUGCACGUGCUGACCGAGACCCAGUUCACGGUGUGGACACACGUUUUGCAGUGGUUCUGUUUCUCUAUGGCGGCGGUUGUGGUCGUGGUGGCACCAGUCGAAGAGGUCAUUCAGGUGGUGCGACGAGUGAGAGCAAAUAAUCGCGAGCGUUGUCGUGAGGAAGCCGCAAAAUACGCAUACAGUCAACGGACAAUAAACAAUGCGGAUUAGAUAAAUACUUAAACUCACGCAAGGUGUUAUAUGAAAGAAUUAAUUUCACAUUCAACGCGUAAAAUAAAUAUAAACGAGAGCUAUCAGUGAAUUCGAGUUAUACCUCCACAUACCGUUGUGACUUAGAUUGGGCCUACAAGGGCAGUAUUUUGACAUUAGAUCUACAUGUAUGACUUUGAACUUAGUAGCCAUUAAUUAUUUCAAUGCGCACAACUGAUAAUUGCACUUACGUGAACAAUUGUGCGUAACUGAUAAAAAAAUGGCGAAAAAUCACACAGAACAAAAUAACUGAACACUUGUGCAAAAAUUCAAGAUAUACAACCAAAUCAAGCCAUUUUGCAUUUUAUCGAUCACUUGUGCGUUAUGUUUGAUAAACACAUAUACCAAAGGCUACUCAUUGAUGAUAUAGGUGGACAAAGAAAAAUCAUAAGUAGCAUGUACGUAAGUACCAUUGUGGUUAAGCUGGAAUGUUUGUGUUAGACAUAGGUGGAUAAAGGAAAAUCAUAAGUAGCAUGUACGUAAGUACCAUUGUGGUUUAGCUGGAAUGUUUGUGUUAGACAUAGGUGGAUAAAGGAAAAUCAUAAGAAGCAUGUACGUAAGUACCAUUGUGGUUAAGCUGGAAUGUUUGUGUUAGACAUAGGUGGAUUAAGGAAAAUCAUAAGUAGCAUGUACGUAAGUACCAUUGUGGUUAAGCUGGAAUGUUUGUGUUAGACAUAGGUGGAUUAAGGAAAAUCAUAAGUAGCAUGUACGUAAGUACCAUUGUGGUUAAGCUGGAAUGUUUGUGUUAGACAUAGGUGGAUUAAGGAAAAUCAUAAGUAGCAUGUACGUAAGUACCAUUGUGGUUAAGCUGGAAUGUUUGUGUUAGACAUAGGUGGAUUAAGGAAAAUCAUAAGUAGCAUGUACGUAAGUACCAUUGUGGUUAAGCUGGAAUGUUUGUGUUAGACAUAGGUGGAUAAAGGAAAAUCAUAAUAAGCAUGUACGUAAGUACCAUUGUGGUUUAGCUGGAAUGUUUGUGUUAGACAGAAGGAUGCACUCUUCUUAAUCAAGAAAAUUAAACAAUAUUCAUAGUACAAAGUAGGUCCUGAUCUAUGUCAACGUUUGGUGAUAUUGUAUAGGAGUAUCAAAGAUUUUAAGCAAUUUUCAUGUCAAGGUCAAACUUUGAUUAUAUGAUAUUGUUUGAUAAUUAAUAGAAGAAAGCAACAGCUGUCGAAGAGUUGUAGCAAGCGGGAUUGGAACUAGACUAAACGGAAAAACGACCUAACGACUCUUUGACGUUUACCAAAGACUUUUCAACUGACGUUACUCGAUUUCAAUUGGCGAGUUACCCUUUCCGUGUAUACGGUGGUUUACAACUGUGUGUGGCAUGAUUGGAUUUCAAUUUGAAAUAGCGCAAACGAUCCGUAGUGCUUCAUACAAAGACCGUGGCAUUCGCUUGAAGAUGCAAGUUACAUUCGGUUCAAACAGUGUGUGCAUAAUAGUGUGCAUAUACCUUAUAUUGAUAUUGAGAAUCUUGCUGUGUAUGAACGGUCUACACAUUGAUAGUGCAUGAUGGUUUGUAGGAAUGAAUUACCAUACAUGUUUUUCAUACCUUGAUGUUGUGUUGCGCCUAACAACCAUCUUGCUCACUUUAAAGAGUCAAUGUCACACUUGACACAUAACGUUUGUGCAUGUUCAUAUUAUGAAUGUAGUUUUCACGGUUGUUACCAUUUAACGUAUAAAUGUUUAAGGUGCCAGAAAAGGAAACUUGGUUUUUAUCAGUUAAAUUCUGGUGAUUAUAAAAAUGAAAAAUUUACAAUUAAACAAAUCCAAGUUGAA